GUUCAUCUCGGUAUCCUCCACACGCAUAUAUCAGUUUAAUUGUAACUGUGCCCAUUUGCUUUCAUUGUCUGCACUGUGAAGCCUUCAAUAGUCGAUUGAAGUGCUAUGGAAUCUUCGGGCUUGAUACUGCCAAAAUUCAUCAAAUUUCUCACAAAUGAGGAUACAAAUUCAGAUGAGUUGAAGUUGCCGACAAAAAUUUUGGACAAAUAUGGUCAUAUGCUUGCAAACUGUUUGUUGUUGGGAUUUAGGAAUGGUUAUGAAAUCCCUGUUGUGCUGGAUGAGGAAAGAGGCACACUUUCAGGGCUUUCUACAUUGUAUGAUGAUUUUGAGCUAAUUGGGGGCCAAAUGCUUCUUUUCGACUUCAAUGGGUGUAGUGGUUUUAAUGUCUAUGUAAUUGGGACUGAUCUGAGGGAGAUUGACUAUCCAAGUGUUGUUCACUGCAUGCAGAAUAAGCGCCCUCGGAAUGUGUCUUUGCAAAAAGGUGGUCUGAAGUUUGUCAACUUUGUCAAGGAUGAGGAUCCAUUGUUUGAUGAAUUUGAACCACCUUUGUCAUUUAAAAAAGCAUUUGGGAUGUUGGCUGCGUAUCAGACUUACAUAUUUAGUAAUGGGAAGAAGAUUGCUGGACUUUACAAUCAUGGCAUUGGGAAGUUUACUGGUUUGAGCAAAUUCUGUUCAAUUGUAGGAAUUGCCAAUUUCAGUGCUUUUAACUUGAUUUUAUUCAGUUAUGAAGAUAAAUGGUCGACUACUGUUUCUGUUUUUGAUGACCACUUUGUAGAAGUCAUCUUUCCUGGAACACCACUCUCAAUUGGUCAAAAUUCACAUAAUCCAAAAGUCGGUGGACACAUUGAGAUAACUGUUCAACCACAUCAUAUGUACAAAUACGUUUAUGGAGUGGACAUAUCUACUGAGUAUGAAGAUGUUGCAGCAUUCUGGAAGAGGAGGGAUUAUAUUACUGUAUACUCAGGGGAUAGGGCUUGGAAACUGCAGGUUAGGAGUCGAGGUGGAAAGUCUCGCAGAACAACAAUCCAUGAUGGUUGGAUAAGGUUUAGGGAUGAUUUGAAGUUAGUAGAAGGUGAUGUGGUUGUGUUAGAGUGUGCAAGUAACUCUCUCUAUCACUUCGCCGUUCAAGUGAUCAAGAUCCAGGAUGCCUAAAACAUUGCUAGGUGUUAUUUGCUUUUAUUGCAGAAUCAGGUGUUGGAAACUUUGUUCUGUGAUCUUUAUCAUUUAUAUUUUCUCA